AUGGGACGAGACGUGAUGGAACGGCGGGAAAUAGCAUCAGUUGCACUCGAGCGAUGGAGAGGAUGGGCUGGGGAGCGGCAUCUUGUGGAACGUCGGUUUGGACCGAAUAUACCGCGUGGCUACAAAUCAAAGGAGAACAAACCCUCGCGUAUCCACAGAUAUCCAUGUAAAUGUACUCUUCUAAUAAAAUUUGUGCCUUGGAUCCAAAGUGACUUCCACAGGCGACAUUGGUCAAGAAGGUCGAGCAGUGUUAAUGCGGCAUGGAUGAAAUGCAAAAUGGCAAAAGGCGUACUGUGCGACGAGAGAGUCCGUGUUCGACUGAAGUCGAAGAUCUUCAAGAGGGUUGUGCGUCCUUCUCCCCUUUACGGAUGCCAGUGCUGGCCGACGACGAAAGCCUUGGAAGGAGUGUUGCACGCCAUGGAUAUGCGGAUGUUGUGGUGGUCUAUAGAUGUAAGCCUAAAAGACAAAGUACCCAAUGACACUGUACGCUCCAUCUUCGGCGUCGUGCCGAUAACUGAAAAGAUGAAGGAGGCGCGAUUGAGGUCUGGUCACGUCUUGCGGCGAGAGGAAGAUUCUGUUGCCAAAACCGCUCUGAAGCUCGACGUUUCAGGAGUGAGGCCGCGCGGGAGGCCAAAGAUUCGCUGGUUGGACCGUGUGAAGCUGGUUAUGAUAGAUGCGCGUUUGUGUACGGCUCAUGCGAUGAAUCGAACCAAAUGGAAGACAAGAAGCAGAAAGGCGGACCCUGCAACAACGAGGGACAAACACUAG